GUCCCACGCACACCCCCUGCUCCGUUAGAUGCCUGUUUCAGUCGCGCGCCCUUCCUAAGCAACCACGUAGCCGGCCUUAUUUACGGCAGGCGCAAAAAGGACGUAAACGCGCCUCCUGGGCGAAGAGGCUGGUUAAGGAUCUUAUGUUUCUUUACAACAGCUAAACUUUGUCAGAUACAAACUUUAAAGCUAAUAAAUCCAUGAGUGGGAAUCGAUCACUGAAGAAACGAUGUGGGGAAUUGCAGCUGGAAUCCCCUGCACGCUAUGGUCAUGUUCCUUCUACAGGAUGUACAUUGAGCAAGUUGAUUCAGUUGCCAACACCACCUUUAUCAAAGCAUCAGCUAAAACGAUUAGAAGAACACAAAUAUCAAAGUGCCGGACGGUCCCUACUUGAGCCCCUUAUGCAAGGUUAUUGGGAAUGGUUAGUGAGAAGAGUACCAGCCUGGAUUGCUCCUAAUCUGAUUACAAUUGUUGGACUGAUAAUAAACAUCUGCACAACCAUAAUAUUAGUGUUUUACUGUCCAACAGCUACUGAGCAGGCACCUCCUUGGGCAUAUAUUGCAUGUGCUUGUGGCCUUUUCAUCUAUCAGUCUUUGGAUGCUAUAGAUGGGAAACAGGCAAGAAGAACCAAUAGUAGUAGUCCUCUGGGAGAACUAUUUGACCAUGGCUGUGAUUCACUGUCCACAGUCUUUGUGGUUUUGGGAACGUGUAUUGCUGUGCAACUGGGAACAAAUCCUGACUGGAUGUUCUUCUGCUGUUUUGCUGGGACAUUCAUGUUUUACUGUGCACACUGGCAGACGUAUGUCUCUGGAACAUUGCGCUUUGGAAUAAUUGAUGUCACUGAGGUUCAAGUCUUCAUAAUAAUCAUGCAUUUACUGGCAGCGAUUGGAGGACCUACAUUUUGGCAAACUAUGAUUCCAGUGUUAAACAUUCAAAUGAAAAUACUUCCAGCUGUUUGUACAGUAGCAGGAACCAUAUUCUCUUGUACAAACUACUUUGGUGUGAUCUUCACAGGUGGUGUUGGCAAAAAUGGAUCAACCAUAGCAGGAACAAGUGUCCUUUCGCCAUUUCUUCAUAUUGGAGCUGUCAUUACAUUAGCUGCCAUGAUCUACAAGAAAUCUGCUGUAGAACUUUUUGAAAAACAUCCUUGCCUCUAUAUACUGACUUUUGGGUUUGUUUCUGCUAAGAUAACUAACAAACUGGUGGUUGCACAUAUGACCAAAAGUGAGAUGCAUCUGCAUGACACAGCAUUCAUAGGUCCAGCACUUUUGUUCUUGGACCAAUAUUUUAAUAGCUUUAUUGAUGAAUACAUUGUACUUUGGAUUGCCUUGAUUUUUUCUCUUUUUGAUUUACUCCGAUACUGUGUCAGUGUCUGCAAUCAAAUUGCUUCCCAUCUUCACAUCAGUGUCUUCAAGAUCAAGACCUACUCUACAUAUUCAAAUCAUCACUAGGUGGUUGUUGCAAUAACUAGUAGCUGUUUUCUACAGGAGAGGAUGCAAUUAUAUUGAGGAGUCUACGGAAACUGGAGCAGAUAGGAACAAAUCUAAUUUAUAAUAAUGUUGUAUAACUAAUUUUGUUAUGGAUGACACUCCCUAGUUAGACAGUCCUCCAAUGAAAGGGGAAUUCCAAGUAUUCUCCAAACAUCUGUAUUACCAGGUCCACUGGUUGUGUGCCUAGAGAAGCAUGCAGAGAAUAAAGCUUUGUCUUUGUAAUUACCUUGACCCCAAAAUAGGCUCUCAGAUAAAUGGAUUCCCAACAACAGGAAUUUCUAAUACAGUGUAAUUACAAGCUAUAAGAUUAUUUGCUUUUUAAUUUAAUAAUCCUUUAAAGUACUCAUUUAAUACCAUCCCAGAAGUAAUUAUUAAAGGCUUGCCUUGAGAGACACCGGUAUCCCACUAGUUUUGAUGGCUGGAAUCUCUUGGACUUGAGCCUAGAUGAUUACAUUCAUCACCAGUUGCUGAUAACUGCGGUUAGUUUUUAAGAAAACUGAUACUUCAUGUUAUUCCCAUUGUCUCUGGAAGCUGGCAUCUUGAAAUGCUAUCUUUGGAAGCAAUCCACAGUGGCUGGCCAUCUCUGUCAUUGCAAGUUGUACAGCCACUGUGCUUGAUAAAUUACAUCUUUUGUCUUUAAAAAAUUCUAACCCUAGUCCCCUAAGCUAUGGGGUGAUUGUCAGCAUGCAGUAUAGUGUGGUAUCUGUCAAUUUAUUUUUUAAAAUAAACACUUUAAAAUAAUUUUUCAGUUUUUUUCAGUGGAAAGUCUAUACAAAAUUUGCAGUUACUUUUUGUAUAAAAUUUAUGCAAAAAUAUUUCUGUUUAAUAAAUGAAAAUUCUCAUAACUAUAAUAAUCCUUGUGUUCUUGCAUUUUGAUCCAAUGUGCAAAAUAUUAAUUUGAACUGCUAAAGUAUAUUUGUGCAGUUGAACUAUAUUAGCUUAUCUUGCUCUUUUUAAGUGUAGUACAAUCUAGCCACUAUCUAGACUAGCUUCUAAGAGUAGACUUACUAUGAAGCAGUUGAAACAAUGGUAACUUACUGGUUAGGUAAUAGGUACAACUGAUUUAACUAAUAAAGCAACACUUGCCACAACUUUAGCAAGAUAGAUUGAUCAGUCAAUCGAUCGAUCAAUCAGAAGAAUCACAGUGUUAGUAUGUUUAUCUUCUAAAGAAGAGGCUAAGGGCUUGCAUGAUUAUGGGAGAACUAGAAAAAGGGAGAGACUUUUUGGAGAGACUAUCUUGACAACUGAGGGAGAAAGAAGACAUUAGGGAAAAAAGUUGUAUUGAGUAGAAUAUUUUCAAAGGUACAGCUGCUAAUUAUGUAAAGAGAUUGGCAUCAAUGUAAAGGAUCUAGUAAAUUAUCACCUUAUAGGCUGAAACAAUUGCAACAAUGUAAUAUCCAUAAGGAUGGCCAGAGUAAAAUAUAUAGUGCUUCUGACUCAACAAACCAACUUGUUUUUACUUUCUAUUGUGUAAUACUGAGUCAAAUGUAACCAAGGAAAAAAUUAGUAAAAAUUAUCUGAGAAAUAAUAGAUACCAGACAUACCAAGUUUCUUGCUCCAAUAUUACUGGAAGUUUAUAAUGAUAACUUUUUGCAUAACAUUUCUCCAGCCAUCCUCAAUGAGGUUUAUAUAGCAGAUUUUGAAAGCUCUUAAACAUCCUGCUGUCUUGGACAAGUUAUUGUCCAGCAAGUGUUGAUGCACAAAUAUUGACAGUGACUCUAGCAUGUAGAUUAUAGACACUAUUUCUCAGAUUAUCCAGCCUGUAUAGUCUGGUUUAAUAAAAGGUCACCAAGCAUUUGACAAUAAUAUAUUACUGACAUUCUGGAUAUGUAUUGAGAAAAAAAAGAAAUAAAUUGAAAUCAGUGGUGGUUCUUACUCUCAAUAGUAUAACUCUACAUACACUUCUGUGGCACUCUAAUUGUUUUUUGUUUUCCAUUAUAAUUUUCAUUCUGUUCCAAGCAGCUUCCACAUGCUUUUGCC